AUGCCAGGCUGCCCGCCGCUGUGCGUCUGCGCCUCAGACCCGGCGAACCUCCGCCUCUCGUGGUCCUGCUGCUCCCAGGCUGCCAGCCGCCGCUGUGUGCCUGCGCCUCGGCCUCAGACCCGGCUAACCCCCGCCUCUCAUGGUUCUUCUCCCGGUCUCAGUCAGCGGACCAUGCGGCUCUUCACCGUCUCUACUCUGCUCCUCUUUUUCUCCAGCUCAGGGCUGGCUCUGCAGAUCCAGUGCUACCAGUGUGAGGAGAUGACACACGACUGCUCCACGCCAGAGUUCAUCGUUAACUGCACGGUGAAUGUGCAGGACAUGUGCCAGAAGGAGGUUCUGGUCAAGGAUGAUGGGAUACACUACCGCAAGUCCUGCGCCUCGUCAGGAGCCUGUCUUAUUGCUUCUUCUGGUUACCAGCAGUUCUGCACCGGCAAGCUCAACUCUGUUUGCAUCACGUGCUGUAACACACCGCUGUGUAACGGACCGCGGCAGAAGAAACGUCCCCAACCGUCAGCCGCCAUCGCCCUGACCACACCCCAGCUCCUUGUGGUUUCUCUCUACAUCCUCGGACUACUGUCCUCCACCCUGUGCUGACACGCCUUCACACGCUGAGUAAAGAUAUGUAUUGAGAGUGGAGACAACACAAACUGGAACUGUAUUACCUGAGACAGAGAAGAAAACAUACUGUGAAAUGUAUGUUCUUUGAGGCCUGUGGUACAGUAUUUGUUCUCUUUUUGUUGCAGCUUGCCUCCAAAAGGUCAAAUUGGGACAUUUUGUCAUCAUCACGUGCAUGCCACAAAUAUGAUCAUGGUGCAGCUGCAAGGGCAGCUGGGUAAGGUGAGGUGGAGGACAGUGCCGUGGAUGGAACAGCUUCUGGCUGUUUUGUUGGGCAGC